GAUCUCGGCACCUGCAAACCGCUGCACGUCGCGCUUUUUCGAGCCCGAGCCUGGCACCACAGCCGAGCCGGACGAUCGGACCAAUAGUGGGCAACAUGGUGAUGACUCCGCGGCAGUACGCUGCGGAAAAUCCGCAGAACCCCAAUUUCUCGCCGCCACUUCGGCCCGGGUGGAGCCCCAGCUUCGGGGGCACCCCGAGAGAGCCCCACUCGCCGCAUGUGGACAUCAACAGCAUCCAGAUCAACUGGAGCCGCGGGGUGACACCGCCACGCCUGCUCUGCGGAGGUGACCCCAUCAGCUGCAUUCCCUCUGGCGCAUGCUCGCCGCUGCCCCCGCUGAACCUCGCGGGGCUUCAGGCC